UUCAGGAGGCGCAGAAAAACAAAAUAAUUGAGUUUAGCUAAAUGUUAUUAUAAAAAGUUGUGUUUUUAUCAACUAAUUUAAUAAAAAUUUGCUAAAAUAAAAGCAGCACUAUGGCUUCACAUUUGGAUCCUCAGCUUGAGGACCGAAUUUUGCAUGAGGUAAAGUCACAAGGCGUUUUCGAUGAAUUUCGCAAAGAUUCUAUGGCAGACGUGGACACAAAGCCUGCUUAUCAAAAUCUUCGACAACGCGUUGAAAGUACUGUGAAAAAGUUUCUAUCUGAACAACAAUGGACGCCGGACAUGAAUAAAAAUCAAUUACGUGAGAAAUUGCGCAGACAUAUCACAGAAUCUGGUUUUUUGGAUGUAGGCGUGGAACGUAUAGUUGAUCAAGUAGUGAACCCUAAAAUAGGCACCGUUUUUCAACCGCGCAUUGAAGAAAUUACAUACAAAUAUUUAGGACUGCCACCACCACCCGUCAAACACGAACCGCCUCCACCAAUCAUGCAUCCACUACCACCGCUGCCAUUGACUGGACCGCCUUUGAAAAUAGAAACCAGCAGCCUUUUGCCUACUGGUCUUGAACAAGUGAGUCCUGAUUCCGAUAAAGCGACAGUAAAAUCGGAAUGUUACGGAGACGACCCAUCCGUCAUGGAUAUGGACGUGGAUGUCGAUGAUAAAACGGCAGACGAGGAUGACGAGUCACCACCUUUCGAACCGCUUGUGAAAUGUGUUGAACCAAAUACAACUAUAAAGACAGAGAUUAAAAAUGAAGAUCUAGCUGAUAUGAAGCCGCAAUUGAACAACGCUAAAGUGGAGGCAAUACCAAGCGAAAGUGUGAUAAAAGCUGAAACAGGUAAUCAACAAGAUUCAGAAACACAGGACACUUCUGCAUCGGCAAAUUCAACAGAUCCCGAAAUUGCGAAACAUGCCAACAUAUCGUUUGGAACGGAAGCGCUAUUAUCGCAAGAUUCUCAACUAUCACAAGUGUCCAGUGACAGUAACAUCUCUGACGUAACAGCAAAUGCAUCACAUAGUUUCAUGGAUAAUUCUAGUACACACAACACGCCACAACAAACAAUUUCUGAUCAAACAGCAGCAGCUAUUGAAUUAGCUUCAGCGAAUAUAUCUGAAGAGGCACAAAUGCCAAAAUUCAGUGAAAAUUCAUCGGAAAUGUUAGGUGCAAAGUCAGUCCCGUCUGAGCUACAUUUCGAUAUUAAAAAAGAUGAAAUUAAAUUUGAAGGUACUGAGCGAAAAACGAAUUUGUUGGAACAAGAAGGCGAAUGUAAUUCAAUAACAGGUGAUGAUAUAUCGACGAGACAGGUGAAUACUAUGGGUGAAAAUUUAGAAAGUAAGGAGGCACCACAUCACUUUGGUAAUUUAACAAUUGAUACUGAUGUGGAACGCAUACAACCCACGGGCAUCACAACACCUGCAGCGACACCUACGCCCACUCCUCUUGACAGCAGUUUCGGUUCUUCCUUAGAAGAUAUAAGUACUCAACAUUACAAAGAGGAAGUUGAAGUGGAACCCAAAGCUGAACCUGCGAAUGUAACAGAUGAGGUAUUUCCAAUACCUAUGCAAGAGCAGCGCGAUAAAAAAGAAACAAGUACUUCAAGAAAUCACGGUUCCUCGUCAUCGUCUUCGAGACACAAAAAACAUUCUAAAGAUAAGCGGCGAUCGCACAGCUCUAAAGACAAGUAUAAAGAUCGGGAUCGAAGCAAAAACAGGAGUCACGAAAAGGAUAGGAGUAGUGAUAGGGAUAGAAGUAGCGAUAAAAGUAGUCAUAGAGAAAAAGACAAGCACAGAGAUAAAGAGAAAAACCACAAGGAGAAAGAUAGAAGAAAGGAUAGAUCACGCACACACGACAAGAGUACAAAGGACAAGAACGAUAGUACCGAGCGUAGCAGUAGCUCCAAGCGGUCUAGUUCUUCCACUGGCCGCUCACAUGAUACAAGUUCAAGUAACAAAAAUGAAAAGCAAGUUACAUCGAAACAUUCGAGCGCUUUCACAUCUUCAUCAAGUUCGUCCAGCCGAUCAGAGAGCCACGACGCGAAGCGUGAGAGACGUGAAAAUGAGAAGAAAUAUCAUCGGCCCAGUUCGAACAACGGUGGUAGUUCAAAAAAAGAUGAUACAGAAACUACCAAAACUGAAGCGCCCGUUGACGAUCACAAUAGUGAAAAAGCGAAUAAAUUGCGACGACAUAAGUCAACCGAUUCGAAUGACGAAGGUGGAAGUGCUGGUGGCGCUAAUCGUAAAAAUGGCGGCGGUGAGCACGAAAAAGCUGGUCAAAAUAACAUAUCGAAUAACAACGAGAAGAAACAAAGUCAAGUUAAAGAUACGAAAAACUCUUCGCAUAGUCCAAAAGGGAAGUCAAAAAGUGAUCUCGAAGAGAAACCCGCUACCGCGUCGACUAUGAUAACCGAAGAUGUAAGUACAAAUGCGUUGGCGACACAACCACAUGGCAAUAAAGUAGUCAUUUUAAGCGAUAUGCUCGAAAAUCCCAACAUCAAUUUCAUCGAUCUGGGACCAUCAUCAGCUACCUAUACUCACACCUCCGAAAUGAUUCUAAAAGAUUGUCAAAUAGACACCACAUCAACUAAACGCGCUGUUACGCCACUUGUACCGAAUACUCAAGCUGCCACCCCGCUCAUAACGGAGAAUGAGCGCCAGUUACUUUUCUUCGAAGAAGCAAGUGAACAGUUUUCAGAUCGCUUGCGUUUAAUAGAUAACGCAAUGGAUCGCUGUCGUCGUGUGGUUAACAAUUUACGUUUCAAUUGUGUCAAUGAGAUGUGCGAUACUUACGAAGAACAACAAAAUGAAGGCGAGACAGACGGCAGUGAAAGGCCACAAACCUGUGCUACUCUUACAAUCGAUUGUGUGCCCACCUAUGCUGGAGAACGUGAAUACUUCAACAGAGGCGAAAGGAGUGCGGAUAGUCCGAUCGGCAGCACGUUCGAUGGCGUCUACGACUUGCAUGGGAAACGUAAACGCAAUAAUAACGGCAGCCUUGUACAAAGUAAGCCCUCACCCACUCCAUCCGAUGCGAGCGCGAACUCCAAAGAGAAUAUGGCGUUGGAUAAAAAUGCCGAUGAGGUGAAAUGCGUUCGCCGCAUUGCGUCUGUAAAUAAAUUGAGUCAACAGCGUUAUAACAGCGAGGAUUUGUACAAACCGCGUCCUGUUUUAAGUCAGCGUUCACGUCGUAGAGGUAUGGAUACUAUAAUCUAGAAGUAGAUGUUGUUUUAUCGGUGACAUAAAAAAAUAUUAUUUAAAAAUUACAAAUUUAUAUACAUUGCUUGCAUAAAAAAAUAUAUAUAUAUA